AUGUCUGGCAAGGUCGAGCAGCUGAAGGAUGAGGGCUCCCGCUGGCAGGUCGUUGGCUCGGGCGCUAUUGCCGGCCUCGUAUCUAGAUUCGUUAUCGCACCGCUCGACGUCAUAAAGAUCCGCCUCCAGCUUCAAGUCCACUCCCUCAGCGACCCGCUGUCGCAUCACUCCGCGCGCGGCGGUCCCAUAUACAAAGGCACGCUGGGCACGCUGAAGCACAUCCUGCGCGAGGAAGGCGUCACCGGUCUCUGGAAGGGCAACGUGCCGGCCGAAGCGCUAUACCUCUGCUACGGCUCCGUGCAGUUCCUAGCCUACCGCACGACUUCGACCUUCCUCUCCUCUCUCCGCGCACCAGGGGAGAGUACCGAUUGGCAGAGAAAUGGCCAGGACAAGCGCAGCGCGAAGCUUCUCCCGGACGCCUUCAUAACCUUCACCUCUGGCGCCGUCGCCGGCACAGCCGCCACGACGGCAACCUACCCGCUCGACCUCCUCCGCACGCGCUUCGCCGCCCAAGGCCCCACCGACCGCGUCUAUGCCUCGCUGCUCUCCUCGGUCGCCUCCAUCGCGCGCAGCGAGGGCCCCCACGGCUUCUUCCGCGGCCUAGGCGCCGCCGUCGCGCAGAUCGUGCCGUACAUGGGCCUCUUCUUCCUCUCCUAUGAGACGUUCAAGCCCAUCUCCGCGCUCCUGAUCUCGGGCCACCUGGGCUCCGGCGACGCGGUCGCCGGCAUGGCCGCCAGCGUCGUGGCCAAGACGGCCGUCUUCCCGCUCGACACGGUGCGCAAGCGGCUGCAGGUCCAGGGCCCGACGCGCGCCCGCUACGUGCAUCGCAACAUCCCCGUCUACGACCAGGGCGUGGCGGGCACGGUCAUGGCCAUUCUUCGCCGUGAAGGCGUGAGGGGCUUGUACCGGGGCUUGACGGUUAGCCUGCUGAAGGCGGCGCCGACGAGUGCGGUGACGAUGUGGACGUACGAGCGGGUGAUGAAGAUUUUCCUGACCUUGGAGGAGAUGAAGGGGGAGGUGUGA